AAGAAAUAAGCCAUCCCACUUCAAACCGACGCACUAUAUCGAUCCCAACAAAAGGCGUUGCAUCUUCACUCCACAAAAACCACGUGGUUUAUAAUGCCAUCAUGUUUCUUCGACCCACGACCCUCAUAAAGCAUCUCAUCACCCCUCAUACAAGGCUAUUCAGCAAGUCCCUCCCUCCUAAACCUCCCCUAAAUAAGAGAAAAGAGGAAAAGGGAGGAGAAAACCGGCGAGUGAGAGAGGGCGCAAGGUCGCGAGGUCUUGGUCACACUGAGCCUGACUCUCACUCUCACUCUCACUCGCACACUCAUUCACUCACCUCAGUCAUGUCCACGCACAAGGCAGAGGACUUGAGCUGCAGACUCCAGCAGAACGGGAUGACCAACGGCUUUGGGCCCAAGACCCCCUUCCUCAUUGGGGUGGCAGGAGGAACGGCUUCGGGAAAGUCGACAGUAUGCAAGAAGAUCAUGGAAAAAUUGGGCCAAGAUGACAUUGAACAUUCCCAGCGCCGCGUUGUCUGUAUAUCUCAGGAUGCUUUCUAUCGACCUCUAAACCCUGAAGAAUCUACAAAGGCCCUUAAGGGCCUUUUUAAUUUUGACCAUCCAGAUGCCUUUGACACUGAGCUUAUUUUGAAGACUCUACGACAAAUUCUGGAUGGCAAAAUCUGUAAAAUUCCAAAUUAUGAUUAUGUUUCAAACUCAAGGUUAGACACCACCACGACAAUCUACCCAGCUGAUGUAGUGCUGUUCGAGGGCAUAUUGAUGUUCUAUCAGCCAGAGAUGCGGGAACUCUUCCACAUGAAGCUCUUCGUUGACUCUGAUGCCGACACUAGACUGGCUAGAAGAGUCAUGCGUGACACACGUGAACGCGGAAGGAAUCUGGAACAUGUUUUGAACCAGUACACAAACUUGGUCAAACCUGCUUUUGAGGAGUUCUGCUUACCGACAAAGAAGUUUGCUGACGUCAUCAUUCCCCGAGGAGCAGAGAAUACAGUUGCCAUUGACCUGAUAGUACAACACAUACGCGACAUCCUGCGGCCCAACCAAGUCAGCGAGGACGGCCAUCAGGCAAAGCGAACACGUCACAAUUCGGAUAAUUUCUUCAAGCGCCCACACUGAAAGAUUAUAAAGAAAAAAAAAUUGUAUUAGAAGUUAUGUACAGGGAUUAUUAUUAUUAGGAGUUUUAGGCCAAAAGAAUGAGAUUAUGAUUCUUUUCUUCUUUUUUUAUAUAAUGUAUGAUUUUUUGAACGUGUACAAAUUUUGCGUUUCUUCUUGUUUCUUCUAAUAUGAUAUUACUAUCAUUACUAAUUUGAUUGAUUGCAAUAAUACUUUUAUUACAUUUUUCAUCUCUUUGAUUUGACAUUAAACUAAGUCAGUGUGCUUUAUGCUAGAAUUUGUUAAUAGUGGAGUCGCACUGAUUUUACUAAAACAAUGGGCAGUAUUUCUUUUAGAAGAAUUAUGAGUAUUAUGAAAGCAGGUUUGCAGCUCAUGGAAUACAAUACUGUAUUCUGGUCAAAUCAUAUAUAUAUAUGAGAGAAAAAUCACUCUUUUUGUAUUGCAUUACAAAUCAUUAGCUCUGCUAUGAUAUCAGGGGAAAUAAGAAGUUUUGAGCACUUUUUUUUUUAUGAUACUUAUUAAAAAUGCUGUACAGUAGUCGCAGAAAAAGACAGUAGAAAGUUCAGUACAAACCUGUUCCUGUGAGUUUGUAUAAUACAUACUAGUAAAAUGUCUUGGAUCUUUACUGUAUACAAAUGAUAAUUCAACACUGGGUAUCAUAAUGAAUAAUAUAUCAUCAUUACACACAUAUUAAAAGUCAUUAUUUAGGAAAAUGACAAAAAUACGAAAAGAGGAUAUCAUUGUGUGACCCACGUAUAUGCAUAUAACAAACCCAUUGACCUAUGCACUUCUAUGUGAAUGUGAAAUGUUUAGCCAGUUUUAAUGAACCAUUUAUGUAGGAAUUAAGGGAUAUGACAAAUGUUUAAUUCCAUGUUUUGUGGCCUUAGAGGACUUUUUAAAAGAUGUGACCAAAAUACUGUAUUCUUUAUUGUCAAAUAUUUGCUUGAAAAAUGUUGGAAUGAUGAUGGUCAUUAUAUAAAGCAAUUGAAAAUGUACAUUUAGUUCUAAGAAGUGAUUCUCAAUCAAAGGAUUUCCAAAAAUUAUUACAAGUGCAAGUUGAUUUAAAGUUUUAUGUGGUAGUAUAAAUCCAACACUUUUUUGUAGUAAUUACAGUUUUAUCAUUUAUAUAUUGUAAUUAUUAUGAAGGGGAUGUUUUGUCACAAAAUAAGAAUGUAUUUCUAUAAUGUGAAAGUGAUACAUAUUUUGAAUAUAACUUUUUGUUUUCAUAGUUGCAGAAAAAAAUUAUGUUAAUUCUAACAUGAUGGUUGUAUUUUAGUCAUACUCUUCAAGUGCUCAAAUUACAUUGUAGCAGUAAUGAUCAUAUCUUAUAUAUUUCAUUCUCUUCAUUAAGAUUUUUGUUUCAUCAAAAGUGACAAACCGCUUGAAUUUUUUUUUUUUUUUUUUUUUUUUUUUUAAUGAAAAUGAUUAUGCAAUCUUCCUAAGCAGUGUCUGGUGAGUUCCACAUAGCCCGCAUUUUGUUCUGGUAAAGCAGAACAUUAAUCAGUCUAGAUAAUUACAUUUAAUCAAAGUAUAUGAAUAACAGCAAAUUUUGCUUAAUUCCUAGUUACUGAUUGAGCUAAUUCAUGCACUGAUAUUUAUGAUAGAUUACAAAUUUUAAUUUCUGCUUAAAAAUGCUUCUGAUUAUCUGCUGUGAAUAGCAAACAUGUAUUGGUAUCAAUUCUUCACAAAAAGAUUGUGCUUAUUCACAUGUUGAUACUUAUGGAGUUUCAUGAAUAUUGAUUUCACUAUCAGAAUAAACUGUCUGUUAUUCAUCCAUAAUUUAUAAGUAUUAGAGAGAUAGAGGAGUGGAGAGUGUAGUGUAGAACAGACCCUGUAGUUAUCACUGGAGCUACAACUGCACCUCAGAUUACUUCUCAGAGAGGGUAUGUUGUUGUACUUUAAAGACUUUUAGAUUCGUUUAAUAAAUGCAGAUGUAAAAAAAAAAAAAAAAAAAAAAAAAAAAAAAUGAUUGUAGCAUUAGUGGAACAGUUGUCUUCUUAUUUACCCACUGGUGUUGGAUGCCCAGCCAGUGCGUGGGGUUGCUUGUCGGUUUCUCACGGAAGGAGAAAAUGGAUGCUAGACAGAAAAAGAGAGGAGAGAAAAAUGGAGGAGAGCUUGUACAAUGUCUGUUUUUCAUGAGGUGAUUUGUGUAUGAAUUUUGGUCUCCUCUCUUUUUCUGUCUGGAUGAAGGAUCAAGGUUUUUGAUGUUGUUAUGCUUGAGAAAAAUGGCAUCCUGAGAUUUACUAUAUGUAUCUGUGUG